GGCAAGAGCGCAGAAGAGAUGAUGCGAGAGUGGCAGCUUAGCCGGGCAUCUAUGAAAAGAACUAGCUCAAACGGAGCUUCGACUUCAGCUUCUGGCAGUGUCGGCUCGUCUGAUGCGCAGCUUCUGGCGACCAGCAUCUUGGCGCAGCAGAAGCGCAAAGCAAUCAUCCUGCAAAGGCAAGAGCUGCUCAUCUCGCGCAACGUAAAUACGCAGGUACUAAAGCGAGCACUCACAUACCUCGGCCCCUCUUCAUGGAUUCAAACAAACCGCGCUAUCGCAUUUCCUUGCGCGAACGCAGCAUCAAGCGCAACACAGACGACGAUCCCGGGGGGCGCAAUGCAUUCUGCUCGGACGAGUGCUGGAAAAGGGCCGAGUGGGUGCGCAGGUGGGUGCUGAGUGACGACCUCGCUGCAAGCACCAGCAAGGGAAAAGCCAAGGAGCGCGAUGCAAACUCUUUCAGAGGCGAAGACCGAACGGUGCUCGAAAGUGGAAGAUUUGAGAAGCGGUGGACAGAAGAGCAAUGGCAUGAAAUUGAGCUCCUGGAAGACAUGGACGUUGGCCAAUUGAAUAUACUCAUGGGUGAGGGGGACGAGGAGGAUGAAGGCAGGAGCGAUGUUGGGGCUCUAAUGGGGAGCCUUUUAAAUGGGCACUAUACAAAGCCGAGCGCAUCCGAGACAGCAGCUAUGAUAGACUCGCUUGUUAUUCAUGAGCGGUCUCCGGGGAAGCCGCCAGAGCGUGCGGGUGCACCAGCACCGUCACCAGUAUCGCAUGCGAGCAUAAGUCAUGGUGGCAGCGCCAAGCCUACGACAAAAACGCCCUCGAAGUGGACGACAGAUGCGCCUUCACUCCAGUCGCCGCACACUCAGGUUCGUGGCGGCAUAGGGCUCAAUGAUCUCAUGGGCGGCUACGUCGGUACUUCAACGUCUAGUUCACUCGUACGGGACAUCCAAGCUAUAAGUCGGCGCGGGCAAGCCCUUGCAAACGCUACUUCUAAAGCGUCACACGGACAGCUGCAAUACGAAAGCGACAUGGAUGGCAGUGACGACAACGGAGUUCCGGAUGAAGCGGAGCAGGGGCUGGAUGAAGCAAAGGAACGAGAGAGGGCGGAGAUUGCACGGCUGAUGGAUGAGGCCCUGGGCAUCCGUGACGCAGAGCGCGACAGUGGGGUGUUGAAUGGGGAUAUAGGGCUGGCGGAGCUCAGAAACGAGUGGAAAUGGCGGUCAUGACCAUGCACCACUCCUUUGUAUUGUAGUCCAGACAUAUUUCUCAAGCGCACUUGGUGUGCUCAACCAUCGGAAACGGUC